AUGGCAGAUGCACUGAUUUCUUUUGUGGUGGAGAGUUUGGGUUCCAUGGCCUUGCAAGAGCUGAGGUCGUUAGUGGGUGUUAAUGAAGAUCUUGAAAAGCUCUCGCGUAACUUCGAUUAUCUUCAAGCAGUGCUCACCGACGCAGAGAAGCGGCAAGUGAAGGAUAAAUCGGUAAAAAGAUGGUUAGGAGAUCUCAAAGAUGUGGUAUACGACAUCGACGACGUUUUAGAGGAGUGGAAGGUGGUGAACGACGGUUGCGAUGAUGCCACCAGCUCCGAAGAUAAGAAGGUAUUUGCCCACUCAUUCUCACCUUUUUUCUGUUUUGCUAGAGCCAGCUUUCAUGUUAAGACCAGAGAUCGGAUAAAAGCGAUUAGUGCAAGAUUAGACGAGAUCAAAGAACGCAAGAAUAGCUUCUCUUUCAGCGAAGUCAGGGAAGAAGGUGGAGUGGUCGAGUUGGAUUCGAGGGAAACGAGUUCAUUCAUAGAUGAAAAUGAGAUUUUUGGUAGGGAUCGAGUUAAGGAGAGGAUUGUCAGCCAGUUGGUAGAGGGCAGCAGUGAUGAGGAGGGCCUCGCAGUCAUUUCUAUCAUUGGGAUGGCAGGAAUUGGAAAAACCGCUGUCGCUCAAUUAGUCUUCAAGGAUGUUAGGGUUAAGAGGCACUUCGAUAAAAUGAUUUGGGUGAGUUUUCCCGGAGAUUUCGAUGUGAGGAGGAUCUAUCGUGAAAUCAUUAAUACAGGGAGAUUGGAUACAGGGGGAAUGGUGGCAUCUUUGCGAUUCGAUGUAUCCUUGGAACGUUUGCAACGUCUUGCUGCGUUUGAGCUAGGAGAUAAGCGGUUUCUGCUCGUGCUGGAUGGCGUGCGCAAUGUUAAUGAUGCCCAGUGGACAAGGCUUAUGAUUCCGCUCAGUGUAGCCAUGAAAGAAAGUAGAAUUUUAGUUACCACUCGUAACGAGCAUGUCACGAAAUCAUUGUCCUCGCCCCUGAUGUACGAACUGCAACCGUUGUCUGAGAAUGAUUGUUGGUCGUUGUUCAGACACAGAGCUUUCUCUGGAGGAAGAAGUGGGGAUGAGCUUGUCAAGUUAGAGGCAUUGGGUAGAAAAAUUGUGAAAAAGUGCCAAGGAAUUCCUCUCCUGUUGGACGCAAUAGGAAGUGCCUUGCGCAGAAAAAGAGAUGUACAGGACUGGCAGUCUGUCUUAGAUGAAGCGACGGGGGAUUCAUUGGGUACUGAUAAAAUUGCAUCCGUUGUUUUAGAGAGCUUCCAUGAUUUGCCAAAGCAUUUGCAGCAAUGCUUUGCUUUCUGUUCCAUAUUUCCAAAGGAUCAUUUGAUAGAGAAAGACAAGCUAAUCAAGUUGUGGAUGGCCCAUGGUUUCAUUCCCCAAACGGGAAGAGGAGACAUGGAGAGACUAGGUUGUUCGUAUUUCAAUGAUUUAGUAAGGCGUUCCUUGUUUCAAUACAUAGAGACAGAUGAAGAAGGUGAUCCAAAGUAUUGCAUGAUACAUGACAUGAUCCAUGACCUCUGCAAAUCUAUUAUGAGUGAGUGUUUAAACAUAAAAGAGGAAACGCCAAGGAGUCAGCUUGCAAAGGCUCGCCAUGCCUCAUGGAUUUGCAAUGAGGAUGUAAAAUCCAUUCCUUCCUUCAUAUACAUAGCCAAAAAUUUGCGUACACUCAUACUCAUUGGAUGGUCUAAAAUUCCCAGUCUUUCUCAUCGUUUUUUUCACAGCUUAAAACGUCUGAGAGCAUUGGAUUUGAGUGGAAGCGCAAUAGAACGGCUCCCAAAUUCUUUGCAGAACUUGAAGCUUUUGCGAUACCUCGACUUGUCUGCAACCCAUAUACAAGAAUUGCCCGAAUUUGUAAGUGGCCUCUGUCUUUUGCAGACCUUAAAGCUUAAUCAUUGCUUUAGUCUUAGAAAACUCCCUAAAGGGAUUGUGAAACUGAUCAAAUUAAGACAUCUUGAAAUCGAAGGAAUCUUUUUGGACUGCUUACCAGAAGGCAUGGGGAGGUUAACAUCACUUCGAACCUUAACUAAGUUCAUUACAGGGGGUGAGAGCGGAUGUAAAAUUGCAGAACUGAAAGACCUUAACCUUCUUCAGGGGAAGCUAGAAAUAACAUGCUUAAACAGAGUAGCAAGUACAGAUGAAGCUAACGAGGCAAAAUUGGAGAACAAGCAGAACAUCCAGACCUUGAAAUUGUCAUGUAAGUCAGGGAUAUGUUAUGAAACACAGACAGAAAAUGAGGUGGAGCAGGUGGAGGGUGUGUUUGAAGCCCUUCGACCCCCUCCAAACCUAAGAGAUCUUACCAUGUCAGAAUACAUUGGUCGCCAAUUCCCAAGUUGGCUGGGAGAUUGUUCACUGUAUUCCAAUCUUACCAAGAUGCAAUUAUCAGAUUGCAAAUGCAGACAGAUGCCAGCGCUUGGGAAACUGCCGUCCCUUAAAUGGCUUAAGAUAGAGGCCAUGUUUGACGUUAGACGGGUGGGCAGCGAGUUUUUUGGGAACAGCCAUGAUGGGGUAACCGGAACAUUCCCCAAAUUAGAGAUUCUUAUCUUCCUAAGUAUGGAAAUUUGGGAGGAGUGGAAGUUGAAUGUGGGAGCUGGAUCAUUCCCAUCUCUCUUUCAAUUACGCAUAUCGUCCUGCAAGAAGUUAAAGGCACUGCCAGAACUGCAACACGUCAUUUCACUUCAGGAACUCAAAAUCGAAUAUUGUCCAAUCCUAAGCAGUCAAUGCCAGAAGGUGGUAGGAGCAGAUUGGAACAAGAUAGCCCACGUCCCCAACAUCACCAUUGAUGGGAGGAAAAUCCAAUGAGAGGAAAUCUUUGGAAGUGCAGGAUUGCAAGGCAGAUGAAUCUCAGGACGUUCUUUCCUUUCUUCCAUACGGAUGUUGUAGAUCGACCAAUCAAGGGUAACUCCAAGGUUCCUCCUAUGUUCGAGUUGUCCAUUCCCUUUCUUGGUGGAGCCAACUCUCCCUCU